CAUAUAUUAGUCACAGAAUUCCUAUAGAAAAUCUGUUGUUGAACGAUAUCUGGUGCUCAUAAAAUUUCCAGCUUGAAAUUUCACAAAAAUCUGGAUAUAUCAUGAAAAUUGCUGUUCUCAAAUAUCAAGACAUCUAAAUUGACAAGCGACUAUAAUGAGAAUACCUGAGUAAUUUCUUUCUUGAUAGGACUAGUUGUUGUUGUACAUCCUGUAUCCAUUUGUUGCGUAUAUCUGAUUUUUCGAAUUACCCGUUAGUCGUCGUAAAUUCAUGUCCAUAUCCUAUAACUACUAAAAUUAAUUGCUGCUUCAUCCUCCAUUCUUUCACUAAAUCUGCAACAGAGAAAGCUUGUCAUUUUCAAUCAAUUCUACGCUAUACAUUUUCCAUUUUCUCAAUUUUCAACUUCCGACAGUAUUUCAACUAAUAUUCAACAUUCUUUAAUACUGUAUUUUCAAUCGUAGGUAUUAUAUUAGAUUCUAUCAACAAUAUAGCAAUAAUAUCCUACAUUGCGUUUCUUCAUAGAGAAUCAAACGCCAAACGAUAUACCGCAAAAAUAAAUUAAGAAGAACAAUAUUACUUACACAGAUGUUAACAAUAGCACUGGACGAAGAACAAAUUUCAAUGUUAAUUAUUAUGAAAAUAAGGACAUUCUGCAUAGAAGAACCACUUCAGACAAUAAUUGUCAUGAGAAGUAGGUAUGUUUCGUUGCAAGAAGCUGAUGUUUCACAUAUUACGACUACCUGAUACAAAUCAAUUUCGUACACUGUUGAUACUCUUCGACGGUUAUUCCUCUUUGUCAAAUGACAAAGUUUGUCACUGAACAAAAUGACGAAGGGAGCACAUCAAGGAAGUACCGCUGUCAAAUUCGCGGUGUCUGCGGAAAUACUGCCGUUGCGACAAAUUUUCCCUUUUCUAGCACCUAAUAAAAAAUAAGACCAAACUGAAAAUAAGGGAAAAUAUGCAGAGGAAAGAAAUUGUACGUAGACUGUAAUUUUCUCAAAGUGAGCAUCUAUUAUGUAUCAAUUUCUUGGGAGGCGUUAAUAACCCCGGUCGAUGCCGCGGGAGGACUGUAAUUUCCAUGCAUUAUAAAUUACUUCUAUAGACAGACGGCACGAACAAAUUCAAGAGGAAACGAUAACAGUGGAAAUAAUAAAUCGUGGCGAGGUGUAGUCGGAUGAUUCCUCGAGUUUCGCGCACAGACGUGCUUCAGUGAUCGAAUCGAGAUGGACGUGUUCUACAGGCAGUACAACACUUAUCGUAUACUACUGAGUAUCUUAGGACUCUGGCCAUAUCACAAGUCGAUUUACUCAACGAUUCACAGAAUAUCGAUCUCUGUCAUUAUGCUCACCUACAUAGUUUUCCACGUACUAUCGCUUUUUAAAGCUGGUAUUACAUUUCGAGGUUGCAUCAUAACUUUAUCUGCAACCUGUCCAGUUACGGUUUUUUUCUUGCGAUAUGUCACUACCGUAGCAAUGUUCCCAGUGACUAAAUAUGUUUUUGACCACAUACGCGUGCUAGACACCACGCUGAGAGAUCAACUUGAAGUUCAGAUACUGAUGAAAUACGUCGAUUAUUCGGCUUAUACAAUCUCCAUUUUCCUAUGCGUAUGUUGCUCGUGGAUCUUAUUGGCAUCCUCGUAUGUUUUCACUCCGAUAACGUUGGAUCUGCUACUGCCUUUGAACGGAUCUCGAAAACGUUAUUUUUCCCUCUUAACAAUGUUUUCUCACGACCGCAUAGAGUAUGUCGAUAUGGUAUGCGCGAAUAUCCUAGUUGUUCAUACAAUUGGAAUGUUGUCUCUGGCGGGUACGGAACUGUUGUUGGUCAUCUUUGCCCACUACAUGUGCGGAUUGUUCGAGAUAACUAGCUAUCGAUUGCGAAAAACAAUUGCGAGUCUGUCUUCGUCGAAGCAGAUCGACCCGAACUUCAAGGACUUCCGCUACGUCGUGGACAAUCAUAGGAAAGCACUACAUUUCAUCAAUUACAUAUUAUUGAAUUAUCCGAUACAUUAUCUUCUGCCAUCUGGCGUAGCCGUGUUGUGUAUUUCUUUGAGUUUGCAUCGACUUUCUAAGACGAUAACAGAUGCGAAAGAUGAGAAAGAAAUCUUCAUCUAUAUUUUUCUCCUUAUUAGUUAUUUAGCGUUUUUGUACUUAUGCUGCUAUUCGGGACAAAUUAUGAUAGAUCGUAGUCAGGAUGUGUUCAAGGAAUCGUAAGCUCAAAUUUGACUAAAUGUGGUUGUUCUGUUGUUGUCUAUUUAAUAAUUUUCUAUUUGUCUAAAUGUUUCCAUUUAUUAAAUAAGUAACACGAUAGUAUUACUAGAGUAUUUUAAGAGAUACAACAAUAUGCAGGUAUAAUUCUACGUGGUACUGUAUGCCUAUAAAAGCGCAGA